AUGCAUACAUUCUGUUUCGAUUGCAUACAUCGCUGGUUUUCAAUCAACCCUCUCUGCCCUCUCUGCAAGCGCCUUGGACAUCGGCUCCUUCACUCAAUUCGUUCGGAUGCACAAUAUGCCGAGCUGCUGGUAGCUGACAUCGCUCCGGCGGCCGGCCUGCUUGGACCCCCGGAUGGUAUUUCCUCUUCGGCAUUUGGUCCAAGUGGGCCUGCUUCUGCUGCUUUCACUGGUCAGCCACAUACACACCAUCAUUAUCAUCACCUCCACCAUCACCACUUCCAUUAUCGCCGCCCAUCGCUAGUCUUCGGUCAUGAAUUUGACGGUCCAGGUCCAGCUGCCGACUCAGGACCACCUGCUUCAUUUUCACCCGCAGGCUUAACUCCUAUGCCGACCAGCACCCACAGUCGGCGCCAGACCUCCGGCUCGACCUCUGCACAAUUGCGGCCGUUCCUACUCUCCACGACUGCUGUUAACAUUACAUCCAUUACAACCACCGCUACCACUUCUUUGUCAUCACCUUCAGGCAUCGAGGUCAGUUCACCUAGCCGAUUUCUCACAUCUUCUAGCAGUUUGAUCGAUUUUCUUUCUUCCCGAAUGCCCUCCUCAAUUCCGUAUGUUCCAUCUUCAGAGAGUCUUUUAACCCCGUCUUCAUUCGCUUCAUUCUCCCCGCCUGCUACGAAUGCGGCUGCCUCUUGUGCAACAACAUCUCUGUCACUGCAGCAGCAGCAAAAUGUGAUUUCCAGUACUUCCAUUACUUCACCUUGCCUUGCCAUUCCACUGGCAGCUGACCUUUCUCAUUCCCUCAUUCGUAUGCAAACCGACAUCUUGUCGUCAAACAGAAGCACUACUGAUACAUCAAGUCGAACCGCCCAGCAGCUCGUCAGGCCACUCACAGAUGCACACCCUCCCCCUCUUGGCAGCUGGCUGUCUGCAUCGCCCUAUUUUCCCUCAGUUUCUUCUGAAUCAAGAGAUUCCACGUUAUGGUCAACUAGUGUUAGGAGACGAUUUGCCACCACCAGUCGCAUUCCAUCCUCCCUUAGUUGGCAGCUGGUCGCUGAUGCCAUUUUGCCCUCAGAGCCAUGGUCUAUGGACGGGCUUCUUCUGCGCCAACUUGUCUACAUCUAUCCUCUUCAUUCUUAUGUCAUAUUUCUUGAUUUAAGUGGUUUAAUUAUUGAUUAG